CUAACCUUAAAAUGUUUGUUUAGCUUUUGUUUAAAGUUGUUAUAUUUAUUUUGGGAUUUAAAAUGAGUUUAAAAGACAAGGUGGAAAAGUACUUUCAUGAUCACAAUAAUCCAAUUGUUAAGACCGAGUCAUUUGGUACGAAAUUAUUUUUGUCUUCUUUGAGUGAAAAAGAAGAAGGGCUAAAAAAUCGGUGUCUUGUUGGAAUAGAGAGUGUUUUAAGGCAUACCCGUGUUGAAAGAAGAGUUGCUAGGAGCGUUGCUGAGUGGCUUCCAGACCGAAAUAUGGCCCUAUUGACUAAACCGACCGGUUCGUCGAUUGGGGGCUUUGGUGUCCAAAAUAAAGAAGGAAAAUUUUUAAGUCCAGAAGAGUCAUUAUAUCUUUUAGAAGCAAAUAAAUUAGAAUUAAUACAAGAUAAAGUGCCGCUAAGUAUUCAAGAAGCUUAUAAAAAGAUUCAAUUAAAUUAUGCUAAAUAUCAAGCAUUCAAAAAACUAGUUUUGCAAGGUUAUAAAGUCAAACUAUUAAAAAUAAAUCAAGAGGACACAACGAAACGGAAAAUAGAAAGUAAUGAUGAAGGUCCAGCAACAAAGGUUGCCAAAAUGAAUAACGAUCAAUUUGCCCCCAUUUUUGAGAAGUUGAGGGAAAUGGGGCCUCAACCCUUUAAAGGGCAAGGUCAUCACAAUUUACCUGAUUAUACAAUCAAAUCGCCAACAAGUUCAGACUGUUUUAAUUUAAUAUUUGAUUCCAGUAAUGAAUUUAAGAGUAUGGAUCCGAACGAAGCCAACUCAACGCUUUAUAGUUUUUGUUCCGAUGAUAACGUUUCGUUUUACAAUUUUUAUAAUACGCCGUUACCAAAUUUGUGAUUUUUAAUAAAUUCUUGACCGUGUGAAUCCCCUUAAUAUUAGGCGCAACGUCCUGUAUAGUGAUCGUCGUGACGUCAACAAAUUCUACGGAUGAGUGAAUAGUGAAUGUUUUGAGGUUAUAAUUUAGUUCAAUAACAUUUGCGAAGGUUUUCUUUGUAAGCACGUGAAUAUUUAAUUUCCCAACGUCAAAUUAAACACCUUGAACAUUCCAAAUUGCCCAUAGACAUGUCUUCCCCUAAAGUCGAAGUGGUCAAGGAUUUGAUUAAAAGUGACACCGUUGUCAUUUUUUCAAAGUCCUAUUGCCCCUAUUGCAAAUUAGCCAAGGAGGUGUUCAACAAUUUGAAAAAGACAUUCACGACGAUUGAACUGGAUAAGAGGGACGAUGGGGAGGAAAUUCAGGGGAUUUUGGGAGAAAUGACCGGAGCUAAAACUGUCCCCAGAGUGUUUGUUAAGGGACAGUGCUUGGGCGGUGGCUCUGACGUUAAAGCCUUGUAUGACAAGGGAGAAUUGCAGAAAUACUUUGAUUAAGUGAUAACAAACUAUGACAAGAUUUAGUGCCAUAGGACAUUAAAAGAAAUAAACGCCUACAACGUU